AUGACAUUCUUCAACGAUUUAAUGACCGUCGUUCACCAUCCCAACCUCCUCCCCAUAGCGCUCGGAGCUGCCGUCCUCGGUUGGCUGGUCUACCAGUGGGUUCUCUUCACCAUUGCCACGCGAAAGGUCCGAAGCAUCCCGACGGUGGGCUCUGAUGGUUUUAUCAUGUCGUACUUCUCAGCCUGGAGAUACGAGUUUGGCAUCGGCCGUCAAAUGAUUCAAGAAGGUUACGACAAGUACCCAGGAGGUGUUUUCAAAGUUCCAACCCUCAGCUCGCCGAACCGCUGGUUGAUCGUCGUAAGCGGCGCCAAGCUGGUCGAUGACAUUCGGAAAGCUGGGAAGGACGAGCUCUCCUUCAGUGACGCCGGUUUUGAGCUUUUCCAAAGCGACCACCUGGUUCAAGGUCCCGGGAAAUCUGUGAAUAACCGAGACACAACCUAUCAUAUCGGCGUUGUCCAGGGUCCCUUGACGAAAGGAUAUCCACAUCUCUUUGAGGAGAUUCGAGACGAGAUUGCUCAGUCAUACAACGAUUUGAUACCGCCUACAGAAGGCCGUAACCCUGAAUACCGUAGCAUCCAGGAAAACCUUACCGUCCAUCUCGUUGUCGCAGGAACGUUCCUGGGACUAUUGCCCCCAUUCUUGAGACCGCUUGUCGGGCGUCUGAUCACCAAAUUUCCCGCCUCCAACAGCCUCGUGCAAAAGCAUAUCACUCCGCUUGUCGAGGAGGUUACUAAGAUUAACCAGAUUUAUGGACCCAAGUCGGAGAAACGGCCCAAUAAUCUGAUUUCCUGGCUGAUGGACGCCGCUCCUGAGCAAUGUCGAACAAUGGCUGACAUUGCUGGGAGGGUCAUCUUGAUCAACAUUGCGGCGAUCCAUACCACCUCUCUCGCUUUGAACGACACAUUGUUUGAACUUGCAGCGCGCCAGGAGUAUAUCGUGCCUCUCCGCGCUGAAGUAGAACAGGCGAUCGAAGAAUAUGGCUGGACUAAAGAGGCGAUGACCAGAAUGUACAAGUUGGAUAGCUUCAUCAAAGAAUCGUGUCGAGUAAAUGGACUCCUUGCAGUCUCGAUGGUCCGUAAUGCCAGGACGGAUUAUCAUCUUUCGAAUGGGACGGUCAUUCCCGCUGGCUUCAGAGUCGUUACUGCAGCUGAUCCUACUCAUCAUGACCCUUUGAUCUACGAGGAUCCCAAUAGUUUCAAAGGAUUCCGAUUUUGUGGGCCGAACGGGAACGACGAGAGCGCAAACAGGCUUCGAAACCAACUGGUAUCGCUCGACCUCAACUACAUGCUAUUCGGUAACGGACGCUCUGCAUGCCCUGGUCGAUUCUUCGCCGUCAAUGAGCUCAAAGCAAUGUUGGCUCACCUUUUGAUAAAUUACGACUUCAAACUCCCUAAUGAUGAAACCGAACCUCCGGCCCCGAUUUGGAUUGGACACCAUCGUGUCCCCAACCAGACAGCUGGAAUCAUGUUCAAAGAACGUAUCACGAAGAAGCAAUGA